GGGAUUGUGCUCAACGUGAUUGAUUUCCACCAUGUUCUCACAGUGCUUGCGGGAUCUAUUAAAGAUUGCAAAUCUUCAUCUCCGGAGUCUGGAUUUAAAUCUGCAUUUACGAAACCACAGAAGAGCUUUCAGCAAGUCACUGCCUGUAUGUCGAAGGAAAGUAGUUGUUACAGGUAUUGGCUUAGUGUCCCCUCUUGGUGUGGGGACUCAGUUUGUUUGGAAGCGCCUUCUCCAAGGAGACAGUGGGAUUGCAUCACUAGACGGGGAAGAAUAUGCAGGCGUCCCAUGUAAGGUGGCUGCUCGUGUGCCAAGGGGAAACGAGGAGGGUCGGUUCAGCGAAGAAAGCUUUGUGUCAAAGUCAGAGAUCAAAUCCAUGAGUUCUGCCACUGUGAUGGCCAUCGGUGCAGCAGAGCUAGCAAUGAAGGACUCUGGCUGGUCUCCCCAGUCUGAACAGGAUUGCUUAAGUGCUGGUGUGGCAAUUGGGAUGGGAAUGGUUCCGCUGGAAGAGAUUUCUGAUACAGCCGCUUUAUUUAAAACAAAGGGUUACAACAAGGUCAGCCCGUUCUUUGUCCCAAAGAUUUUAGUCAAUAUGGCAGCAGGCCAUAUCAGCAUUAAAUACCAACUUAAAGGGCCAAAUCAUGCUGUCUCAACUGCUUGUACCACAGGCGCGCAUGCUGUUGGAGACUCCUUUAGAUUUAUUGCUGCUGGUGAUGCUGAUGUCAUGUUGGCUGGAGGGACUGAGGCUUGCAUUAGUCCUUUGUCCUUGGCUGGAUUUGCAAGAGCUCGGGCCCUCAGCACGAGUUUUAACUCAAGCCCUAAAAUGGCAUGUCGACCAUUUGAUUCGCAAAGAGAAGGGUUUGUAAUGGGAGAGGGUGCUGCCGUGCUGGUCUUGGAAGAGUAUGGACACGCUGUACAAAGAGGUGCUAGGAUCUAUGCAGAAGUUUUAGGUUAUGGACUGUCUGGUGAUGCUUGCCACAUAACAGCGCCUAAUCCAGAGGGAGAUGGUGCAUUCAGGUGUAUGUCUGCAGCAAUAAGAGAUUCCGGGAUCGAACCUGAAGACAUAACAUAUGUCAAUGCACAUGCAACUUCUACACCUCUAGGAGAUGCUGCUGAGAAUCAAGCAAUCAAGAGACUUUUUAAAGAUCACUCACGUAAUAUUGCAGUUUCCUCAACAAAAGGAGCAACAGGACAUCUCUUGGGGGCUGCAGGAGCUAUUGAAGCAGCUUUUACUACACUGGCCUGUUACCAUGGAAUUUUGCCACCUACUCUAAACUUACAGAAAACAGAGGCAGAGUUUGAUCUCAAUUAUGUUCCGUUAACAGCUCAGGAGUGGAAAACUGAAAAACGGCGUAUAGCACUCACAAAUUCAUUUGGCUUUGGUGGUACUAAUGCAACUUUGUGCUUCGCAAGUGUUUAACUUCUGCUGUGCAUGUUGUGAAAAAUGGC